AUGCCCCCCAACGCCGAGAAACCUAAACAUCCCCCCUAUCAGAGCGGUAAAGACAGAUCUACCGUCAAACCUCCCCGCGAUGCCAAGCUGUCAUCUGAACAUUUGAAAUUUGCCAAAUAUCACCAGGCGAAAGACAAAAUCUGGAAAGAUGACAACUCUCUUCGCUCACUCCAAGCCACUCUUCAACAGAAUAUACAGCCAUGGUGGCAUGCCGAACCACACUGUCUGCCCCAAGUUGCGAAGAAGACCGGGCUUAUACUAGCCACACCAAAACAAUUGAUUGAAGUUGGUGUAAAGGCUCCGUCUACUCGUGGACCCCUGUGUUGGGGAGCAGACAAGAAGAAGGGUACAGGAAUGGGUUGCCAUGUGGGAAAUGUGCUGUCAGCCUUCCACUACUAUCAUCCUCAAAUUCGUUGCUCGAACAAUCCUCCCGAUGAAAUCACACUCCUCGCGAAAUUCAAAGAAGAUGGACAACUCCAUUCAUGUGUACAAUGUUUCUCAAACACCGCUCCGGGUCACAAGUGUACUAUUCAAGGUGUCAAUCUGUCCUCCCUCAAACCUCCUGAAGAUCUCACCACAACUCAGGAAACCCCCGAUGAUGAAAGCGAGGAAGAAAGCGAACAGUCCGAAGUGGAGAUAGUCGAUUUGGCCACUCAGGGCCGAAAAACAAAACCGGCAGCCGCUGUGUCUCAAGCCGAAAAGGUCAAGGCUCGAAAAUCAAAAGCGAAAUCACCCUCUCCCCCUUCUGCCUCUUCGCGGAGUCCCACGCCUGCCAAAUCCCCAAUCAAACCUCCUGCGAAGCCCCUCGGUGCUGUUGGUUUCGGGGCCGUGCCCCUUCAAAUUCCUCAAACACGAACAGCCAUGGCAAAAGCAUCAGCAAAGGCUUCCAAAGCUGCUCCUAAGCCCGUUGAAACACCUGUUCGCUCUCAAAAUGUCGGCCCGAAAUGGGUCACAGAUACGCCGUCAAAGAAAAGUCGAAAGCGUCAGCAUCGCGAAGAAGACGCUGAGUCUCCAACGGCUUCAAGAACAGUGAGACCGGCGAAACGUCCGACUGUUUCGGGGAAACCUGCGGGUCGCCAAAGCGAAACGGAGGUCAGCUCGUCGGAUGUCGUUUAUGCUGGAGAAGGUAGUCACGGUGUCGGUGUUUCGGUGGACGUGCCCAUCGAAAUUGAUCCAGAUUCGCCUCCCCAAAAUCCCGAAGUAGACCUGAUUCAUGAGAGCGAACCACCCGAAAAGGACGCACAUCACCCAUCUCCUCCUGCCUCUUCUUCUCCUGCCCCUGCAGCCAAACGUCCCCAGCUUCGUUUCCCUGCCCGUUUCCCCGAAAUGCCUUUUCCUACUGCUUCUCAAGAGUCUCCCAAUUCGGCUCCUGUUGUUCCUCCUGCGAAGUCCCCGACAAGUGCUCAGCCAACGAUUUCUGUCAUACCGACAAAACGACCACGAAGUCCCGAACCUGUGGAAGAACAAACUAGCCUCCCUCUCGUCACGCCUGUUAGCGCUGCAGGAAUUCGCGAGAGCGAAAUUACCACUCCGGCCAACCCGGUUCCGGGUGUUCGCCAGUCUGAAGUUUCUUCUCUCCAUCCGCCCCAAAUGUCAAAGUCAAUCUCGGCCCAAAUCUCUAGCAAGUCUGCCGAACUCCCCAAUCGUUCGGCCACUCCAUUUACUCCCAGUCCCCUGCCCGAAAAGCGUCCAAUGGCUUUGACCGAAGUGGCUGCAAUUCGUCCUGCAGAAGUAUCUCAAACUGCCCCUCCCGCCGCGGAAGUCAUGCCCCCUCGCGAAGUGCUCAAUCCUACUCCGCCGAACUCGUCCGUACCUGCUGGUUCUGCUGUUCGCCGGCAAACUGCUCAAAGUCCGACCCCUGUGGAGGAAGAAGAUCCCGAAGAGUGGCUUCGGGCCCUAAGUCGACCUAAUCCCCCUGUCAAGACUUCGGCGCCUCGUUAUCCAAAGGAGCGCGAUGGCAGCCCCAAAAACCGCCAGAAUCAGUCAAACCUUCCGUCGGGGGCUCCUAGACGUCACAUUAUUCCCGAAGUGCCGCCCAUCCAGCCAGGUCAAGGGUCCGAAACGUCACCAAGUCUUUCCCAAAAGCCACCUUCGCAAAGAUACAGUUCGCAAGACCUGUUUGUGGAGCCCAUUGUCCCAAAUCUUUCCGGCGCUGUCCCACAAGCCCCCACAUCAUAUAUAAAACAUCCUCCUGCCCAACUUCGUGACGUUCAAGGGUGUUUUGAGUUGAUUCAACGGUUCGCUAAUUCCGAAGAGGAGUUGACUUCCCGAUUCGAGACCAUUUUGAAAGAGCACAUGGGGACCAUGAUGAGUUACUACAAAGAUGUCACUACGGACCGACGAAAGGCAUUGACGAGAGGCCUGGCAAAUGCCAUUUCGGGAGUCUCGAAUAUGGAGAGUCAGUAUCAUGCUACGCUUGACAGCCAUGAGGCAUUGGUUCGCGAACGAGACGAUGCGAUCAGACAAAUCGCGGAUCUGGAGAGACUCCAUCAGGCCGAAGUGGAGAAAAACAAUCUCAUUAGUAAUGAUGUUGAGAGGUUGACGCGGGAGAAAGAUGGAGUUAUUGAGAAACUACAGACCGAAGUCCGCGAAAAGUCGUCUGCACUGGAGACAAUGCAACAGAGAUGGGUGGCAGCGAAACGAAGUGCUGAUGGGGCCACUUCGUUGGAGGUCAGGGUUCGCGAAAUGGAGAAACAAAUGACAGAAUUGAAGGAAAAAAAUGCUGAGUUGGAAGCGAAACAUGAUAAAGCUGUGAAGAUUGUUCGGACUGCUGUGGAGCAGAAGAAUUUGGCCGUUCAACAAAAGGAAACGGCUGUUCGGGAGAAGGAUGAGGCUAUUCGGGAGAAGGAUGAGGCGGUGGUGAUGGCAAAUCGUGCGAACGAGGAUAGGUUGGAAAUGAAGAACACUGUCUGGGAGUGCAAGAACUACAUUAGUGGACCAAUACAACCUGAUGUUGCGCGAUCCUCACACCGGGACAUAUACACAUCGCCUUCGUCUGGCUGGAAGGAAUCGUCUUUGGUCUCUUUCUCCCGAGUACUCACCUAUGAUGUUCGAUCCCUCCAAACCAGUAACCAAUACGGAGUUAGAGGAAGGCGCGAAGAAGUAUCCAAUCCCAUCACCAUCCUGAAUGUAGCAAAGCUUCGUCAAUUAUGUCCCGAAACGGUCUUACUUCCUCCUUGA